UAUGUUACGAGACAAACACUUCGGGGAGAGGAUCAGAUGAUAGGAAGCUUAACUCUAACUAUUCCACCGCCAUGGAACCACCGCCACCUCCGCCCAACUCCACCAUCAAUCAAAUGUGAAAGUGGAGGAGUACCACUAACAAAGCAAGGUCACCGCUUCUUCUCUUCACUGGCUGCAACCGCCGACGUUAACGACCCCGCAACCGCUAACCGGUUGAUAAAGAAAUUCGUAGCAUCAUCGCCCAAGUCCAUUGCUUUGAACGCGCUCUCUCAUCUUCUCUCUCCCCGCAAUUCUCACCCUCAACUCUCCGCUCUCGCCUUCCCCUUGUACACUAAGAUAAGUGAAACAUCAUGGUACAAUUGGAACCCAAAGGUAGUUGCAGAGUUGAUUGCUUUGUUAGCUAAACAAGGGAGGUACGAUGAAUCUGAAGCUUUAAUUUCUCAAGCUGUUUCAAAACUCAAGUUUCGAGAGCGGGAUCUUGUUCAAUUUUUUUGCAAUUGGAUCGAAUCUUGUUCCAAACAUAACUCCAAGGAAGGGUUUAACGAUGCUUACCUUUACUUGUCUGAACUUACUUGUAACUCUUCAUCUGUGUAUAUCAAACGCCGAGGUUAUAAAUCAAUGGUGAAUAGCUUAUGUGAAAUGGAUCGGCCUAAUGAAGCUGAGAAUUUGGUUGACGAGAUGAGAAAAAAUGGGCUUAAGCCUACAUUGUUUGAGUUCAGGUUUAUUUCAUAUGGGUAUGGGAAGUUGGGACUUUUCGAAGAUAUGGAGAGAAUGGUGUGUGAAAUGGAGAUUGAAGGUUUUCAAGUGGACACAAUUUGUUCAAACAUGGUCCUUUCAUCCUAUGGGGCUUACAAUGCAUUUUCCAAGAUGGUUCCUUGGCUUCAAAAAAUGAAGACUUUGCAGAUUCCUUUCUCAAUCAGGACUUAUAAUUCUGUCUUGAAUUCCUGUCCUGAGCUCAUGUCACUGGUACAAGGCUUGGAUAGUGUUCCACUUUCACUCGGGGAGUUGGUUAAGAUUCUGAAUGAGGAUGAAGCAUUGCUGGUACAAGAGUUAGUUAAAUCCUCUUCAGUGUUGGAUGAAGCAAUGGAAUGGAAUGGAACAGAGGGAAAGUUGGACUUGCAUGGCAUGCACCUUGGUUCAGCUUACUUGAUAAUGCUGCAGUGGAUUGAGGAGAUGAAAUGCAGGUUUAAAGUUGAAGAAUGUGUGAUUCCAGCACAAAUUACGAUUGUUUGUGGAUCUGGAAAGCACAGUAGUGUUAGGGGUGAAUCGCCAGUGAAAACCCUGAUGAGAAAAAUGAUAGUUAAAAUGAAAAGUCCAAUGAAAAUUGAUAGGAAAAACAUUGGUUGUUUUAUAGCAAAAGGGCAAGUUGUGAAGAAUUGGUUAAUACCUGAUGGUGAAGGAGAAUGAUUCAUUAACAGAUUCGAGUUAAAAUAUUUGAUGGAACUGAAAUCUGCAAGUGCCUCAGCUGAAUGUGGCAUGCAACUGCACCUCGCUUAGCUCAAACAUCUUUAUGGAGGGUAUGAAGAUUAGAAGAAUCCCAUGGAAUACAGGCAGGGUAGGCCUGUCCUGACCUCUUGGACGGUACUAUGUCUUUUGGGAUAACUAAUUGUCUGAUGUCGAUCUUAGAUUCUGAUCAUGCCUGGCAAACAAGGGUAGAUAAAUGCUAGUUUUAGCCAACCUGACCCCAACAAUAACCUGUUGAUCCGAGAACAAGAGAAAAGACCACUGUUCACUAUUUUGAAAUGGAUUCCUUUGGCAAUAAAACUCUCAUUUAUGACCUGAGAACAAGAAAGAAUAUGAGUCCUUU